CAAUAUUCCACUCAAAUCUCUGACUUAGAUAACAUAACAUCCACUGAAGUAUCUCUUUGACAGAAUCCCCUGCACAUGGAAUCGUAGACUAAUCUCCAUUUCCAUCACCCCACAACAACAGAACUCUUAGGAAAUGGCUCAGCUUGCAGAGACCUAUGCAUGCGUGCCCUCCACAGAACGAGGCCGAGGAAUCCUCAUCUCCGGCGACCCAAAAUCGAACGCGAUCUUAUACUGCAAUGGCCGAUCGGUGAUUAUAAGGUAUUUGGACCGGCCACUGGAGGUGUCGGUGUACGGAGAGCACGCGUACCAAGCUACCGUUGCUCGGUUCUCGCCAAACGGCGAGUGGAUCGCGUCGGCCGACGUUUCCGGCACCGUUAGGAUUUGGGGGACCCACAAUGAGUUCGUCCUGAAAAAAGAGUUUAGGGUUUUGUCCGGGAGGAUUGAUGAUCUUCAAUGGUCCCCUGAUGGACAGAGGAUUGUUGCUUCUGGAGAUGGCAAGGGCAAGUCCUUCGUUCGCGCUUUCAUGUGGGAUUCUGGAACUAAUGUGGGAGAAUUUGAUGGCCACUCAAGGAGAGUUUUAAGCUGUGCAUUUAAGCCAACAAGACCAUUUCGUAUUGUCACGUGUGGAGAGGACUUUUUGGUGAAUUUUUAUGAAGGACCACCAUUUAAAUUUAAGCUAUCUCACAGGGAUCAUUCAAAUUUUGUCAACUGUGUGAGGUUCUCUCCAGAUGGCAGCAAAUUCAUCAGUGUAAGCUCUGACAAGAAGGGUAUACUAUAUGAUGCAAAAAAUGCAGAGAAAAUUGGAGAGCUAUCUUCAGAAGAUGGUCACAAAGGCAGCAUAUAUGCUGUUAGCUGGAGUCCUGAUAGUAAACAGGUGCUAACUGUGUCUGCUGACAAGUUUGCAAAAUUAUGGGAGAUAUCUGAUGAUGGUAAUGGAAAGGUGAAGAAAACGUUAACUUCUCCAGGUUCUGGUGGAGUUGAUGACAUGCUAGUUGGCUGCCUCUGGCAGAAUGAUUUCCUUGUCACUGUUUCUCUUGGGGGGACUAUUUCUUUAUUCUCAGCAAGCGAUCUGGAUAAAACCCCCCUACUAUUGUCCGGGCACAUGAAGAAUGUUAAUUCAUUAUCAGUGCUCAAAAGCAACCAGAAUGCUAUAUUGUCCAGCAGCUAUGAUGGUUUAGUAGUUAAAUGGAUCCGUGGUGUUGGAUUCUGUGGUAGACUGGAGAGGAAUGUGAAUGCUCAAAUCAAAUGCUUUGCAGCUGUUGAAGACAAGAUUGUUUCCUCUGGUUUUGACAAUAAGGUCUGGAGGGUCUCGCUGAAUGGAGAUCAAUGUGGGGUUGCAGAUUGUGUUGAUAUUGGAAGUCAACCAAAAGACUUGAGUCUUGCCUUUCUUUCUCCUGAGCUGACCUUGGUUUCAAUUGACUCAGGGGUUGUCCUCCUUCGUGGAACAAAAAUAGUGUCAACCAUUAACCUGGGAUUUCCUGUGGCAGCAUGUGCGAUUGCACCUGAUGGAAGUGAAGCCAUCGUGGGUGGUCAGGAUGGUAAACUGCAUGUAUAUUCUGUCACAGGCGAUAUUCUUCAAGAAGAGGCAAUCCUUGACAAACAUCGUGGUGCUAUUACGGUCAUACGUUACUCUCCAGAUGUUUCCAUGUUUGCUUCAGGGGAUGCCAAUCGAGAAGCUGUUGUUUGGGAUCGUCUCUCUAGAGAGGUGAAGCUUAAGAAUAUGUUGUAUCAUACUGCUCGCAUAAACUGCUUGGCUUGGUCUCCUGAUAGCUGCAUGGUUGCUACUGGAUCGCUUGACACAUCUGUUAUUAUAUAUGAACUAGACAAGCCAGCAUCAAGCCGUAUAACCAUCAAGGGAGCUCAUUUAGGUGGGGUAUAUGGGUUGGCUUUCACUGAUGAGUGCAGUGUGGUAAGUUCUGGUGAGGAUGCUUGUGUCCGUGUAUGGAGGUUAACUCCACAAUAACCAAGAGGAAUGCAGAUUUCUACAAGAUAUCGAGUUUGUGGAAGUGAAGUCUUUUGAAUGUGUCGGGCUCUUUUGCAAUUUGUUUUCUGUUUGUUUGGCUUGCAGUAAAGUGGAAUAAGGCAAAGGACAUUUCUGGAUCUAAAAAAGAUGAGAUUGGAUUGGCCUAAGGUUUGGACCAAUUUUUUGUAGAGCAUAGGAGCCCUAUCUAGUUAUUUUGUUAGUUGGCUGACUAGCACGAUUUAUAUUUUACUCGGGUCUCCUACCUUAUUUUUAUCUUGGACCUGAGAUGUGAUUCUGUUUAGUUUUGACCUGUGAUUCAACAAUGAUGCUGUGACAUAUAGUACUCUGAAUUCCUAGCAUUACAGGUCAACCUAAAUUAUCAUAGGAAGGCAUCAAAGAUGGUAUCUCAGCUUAAGUAUGUCAGCCUAAAAAAAUUGUACCACCGAUGUUGCAUGGUGCAUUCUGGAAGAGAUGAACAUGUUAUGAUUGCGGGAACUGGGAUGAGAAAUUUGGAUCUCCGCAUUCACUUAUUGUGUGCCUCCUUCGAUGGUUGUGUAGCAGGGUUGCAGUUUCAUUUUGGUAUUUGUUUGGAGAAAUUUGUAAUUAGCUUUCUUUGUAUGGUGCCAGUGUGACCAUCAGUGUUCUUUUUCGGUUUUUUUUUUCUUGUUUUUCUGUGAUAAAUGAGCUUCAUAGAAGCAACUGCCUCAAGUGUCUGUGCUGCUGUGACAAUUUACCAUGUUUCAAGUUUUUUGAUAGGAUUGCUUAAUGGUCGGGUGCUUCCUGAGAGUGAAAUUUCAGACUGGGCUGUUUGGCUGUGUCGAGAAUAUUCAAUCUGUUCUGGGAAGCCCGGUUUUGUGUAGUCACUGUGUG